GGAGUUAGAGCAAACACCAUUUCCAAAUGGUUGGCAGAGACUCCGGGAUUUGAUAAUGGUUUCAAUUUUGUCAACUGGAUUUUUAAAAUCAAACAGGAAGUCGAUGCUGUUACUCGAGCAUCUUGCCACUGCAUAUGUCCCACAAAAAAAUAUGAAC